GUCAGCCUCUCUGAAGGUAUCAGCUGAGUGGGGGGUGUAAGAGGAAGGAAGAUGGAAAGCAACCGAGACGAAGCUGAAAAAUGUAUAAAUAUUGCUACGAAAGCCCUAGCAGCAGGAGAUAAAGAUAAGGCGGUAAAAUUUUUGCAUAAGGCUGAAAAGCUCUAUCCAACCGACAAGGCGAAAGUGUUACUAGACGCUCUGUCAAGGAAUGGCAGCUCUGCAGGGAAUGGCAAUGCUCACCACAGGAAGCCCUCUGAGACUAACGACACUAACCAGCGGUCAGACAGAGCUGGCCAGGAUGCAGCAGGCGGGGAGCCUGCCAAGCCAUACACCAAGGAUCAGCUGGAGGGGGUGCGAAGGAUAAAAACCUGCAAGGAUUACUAUGAAGUCCUGGGAGUUACUAAGGAGGCUGGUGAUGAGGACCUGAAAAAAUCGUACAGAAAACUUGCGCUGAAGUUUCACCCAGACAAAAACCAUGCUCCUGGUGCCACUGAAGCCUUCAAAAAGAUUGGCAAUGCCUAUGCUGUCCUGAGCAACCCAGACAAGAGGAAGCAGUACGAUGCCACAGGAGGAGAAGAGCCCAGCAGCCCAGGGCACGGACACGGCAACUUCAACUUCCAGCAUGGCGGCUUCGAGGCAGACAUCACUCCAGAAGACCUCUUCAACAUGUUCUUUGGUGGAGGUUUCACCUCAAGCCCACACACGUUCACCAACGGCAGGGCGCGCUACAGCCACCAGGAGCACACCCAGCGAGAGCGACCAGAGGAGAGGGGGGAUGGCGGAUUCUCCAUGUUCAUCCAACUGAUGCCCAUCAUUGUGCUCCUCCUGGUGUCCAUCCUGAGCCAGAUGAUGGUGUCCACUCCCCCAUACAGCCUCUAUUCCAAACCGUCAACAGGUCAAACGAUUAGGAGGCAGACUGAGAACCUGCAAGUAGAUUACUUUGUUAAUAGAGACUUCAAAUCAGAAUAUAAGGGAGCAGCAUUACAGAAAAUUGAGAAGAGCGUAGAGGAUGACUAUGUGUCAAACGUACGAAACAAUUGUUGGAAGGAGAGACAAACAAAAACAGACUUGCUGUAUGCUGCCAAGGUUUAUAGAGAUGAACGUCUUCGACGGAAAGCGGAACAGAUGACCAUGGAUAACUGUCAAGAACUUGACAGAUUAAACAGCUUAUUCCGUGGGGGAUGAGACCCAAGCCUCUGGACAUUUUAGAGUAUAUAUAUGAGAGAAUCUAUGUAUGUAAAAUGUAAAUGUGUUUUUAAGAAACCAUGAAAAUAGGAAAAAUCUACUAAAACCAGACAAAUGCUAAUCAUACUGUGAGGUCUUUUAAGUCGUUUCCUUCAACACUCCAACUCACUCCAUGGAAACUGCCUCGAUGCAUCACAGGGAAACCAACAGAGAUUUAGUCUAUCUUCCGGUACAGAACCUUACAAACCUGUGUCCUGUUUUAGCUCCAGGGAUAAGAUACUAGUCUGAGGAUUUUUUUUGUUAAUUAAUGGACAGACUUAAGUAUACUGCAAGACUCUGGUGCCAAUCUGAAAGAGGCUCACACACACGCACUCACACACAUGCACUCAAGUUCACUUAAUUCUCAAUCAUGAUGGACUUUAAGAUGGUCAGAAGAUGCUUUCCUCCAUUUGACUCCCAUAGAAGAUUACUAGUACCCUGAAGAAUCCAUCAUAGUGGUAUGCUUCCUUGCUGUUCGAUACAUUAUUCAAUGAAACAUUGUGAACUUUGAUACAAAUGGUGAAAAAGUUGCCACUGUUUUGGAAGGGGAUUUGUUCCCAGGCCCUGUCAGAAUCCUGCUGAAUGGACUACUGGACCAUCUGAUUCAUGAAGUUUAUUGUACCUUUUUUUCUGAAUGUCUCAACUUAUGGAAUAAUUUAAGUUUCUAGAAAAACAUAGUAUUUCUUCAUUGCUUGACUAAUCAUUUUAAUAAAAUGUAAAUUAUUACCAA